ACAGGGGCUGACCGAGUUCAACAAGACCCGCCGUGACCCAUUCGACGACCAUGCCGGAGCUGCCCCAACGAGGAACUCAAUUGAACAUGCGAUCCUGGACGCGCUUUGUUGCGGGCAAAGGCGAGAGGACGAGUUAUGGCUGAGGUGAAGUCCAAUGGAAAUUCGAGACAAUGUUCGCAAAUGUUGCUGGAGUAAAAGUGCGUCCACCAACCAAGAAACCAAACCACGAAUCCGUUACCGGGAAAGCAGCCCUUUCACCGAUCAUCCGACAGGCCUCGGAUGCGCACCCUGCAGAUGCCAAUUCUUCCACGAAGACCGUCAGAAUCAGCAAAUCUCAGGAUCAUCAAUGUUCCCGCAUACCUGUCCAAUUGUCUCUGUCUCACCCUGCAGUUUGGUUGUCUCGGCCUUACUUCCCCCUCGGCUCGCCUGUCGUCUAUCCUUUCUACUGUACUGUAUCUAUCAAUUUGAGUUUCUCGAUGCAAGGCGUGCUGUCUCGAGGAUAGUCUGUACAGGAACAGGUCACUUUAUGGUGGGUCGAGAUAACCUUACUUUACCUAGGGAGAUAGAACGGGGUCUCCAGAUUGGAGAAUGCGGGACCCCUCCAGCACAUCCCAUCCCACUUCACCUCCAUCUCUUGCAUGCGCGAUCCGAGGAGUCUCCGAGCACUUGCACUGGAGAAGAUGCUUACGAUGUCUUCGUACGGGAGGAAUGUGCAAGAUGCCGAGUGCGAGCAAGCAAGGUAACAACAACACCAUCUCGUGUCACCUCUCCUCUCCUCUUCUCGAGUCCGGUCUUCUCACAAGUAAGGAAAUACGAUCACGAGUUCCCCUUUCCUUCAGCUACACGAUCUUCUCCGCGCUUAACACUCUCCAGAUUACUGGACUACGAUCGUCUACCCUACUACCGGGAUGCACCAAUGGUGGCUCCAAAGCCGUUGUACAGCUAAGAUGGAGGCCAGUGGCGGAUCAGCAGGUCCCCCAAGAACCUGGAAGCUCUACCAAGUGAGGAAAAGGCUACCUAGACAACGU